UUAACCAAAUACAAAUUUAGGCUAUUAGGUCUUGGAUAUUUGGAAUAUGAUAUUUAAAUAAUGGUUUCUGGAAGUACUCGAAGUCGAGGCGUCAUUUGAAUUACUCAAUGCACUUCCCGAGCCAGCACGAUUUAUGUUGCCUAUGAUGUCGUUCACAGAGAUUAUUUGUUGCAUUCUGUACUGUGAACGCAAUGCAUUUACGACAAAAUGGUUAGGGCGCAUUCUGAUGUGGUGUCACUUAUUUUUGGACCUGCCCUUAUUUGGCAGUGGAAGUGAAAAGCCUAUCCUGUCAUUUUUCACUAGCUGAGAUGUUUGACAGUGUUUCUUAUUAUUUCACUCAGUAUUAUGUUGUAUUUUUUAUUUAACCAACACCUAGUUGUAAAGACAAUAAUUCCAUACCUGCAGCUUAACGGGGAAAUUUGCAGUUCAAACAUUAACAAAGUCGUGACCCCGCCACUAUUUUGGUAAAGGUAUGGGGAGUGGAGCAAUGUCAAGACUUUCAAAUGAAUAGACAGAGCUAUGGAUGCAAGGACUGACCAUCCGUUUUAUUAAAAAUGGUUUUAACCAUUUACAAAUACAUUGUUUACAAACAAUGGAGAAAAACAAGCUUAUAUUUGGGUUUGAAAGUUAAACUAAGCUCAUGAGGCAUUCAUUAGUUAUAUUCUUCAGGAAUCAAUGGGUUUAUAUCAUUCAUUUAAAGUCCAAAAAUGGAUGUAGCAAUUGCAGAUUGCCUGUUUAAAAAACACAAAAUAUUUGAACCAAUUGAGAAAGAGGGGCUUUAAAAUCACUUGACCUGGUGGUUAUAUAAACAAAUGUUUUUGAAAUUAUUAUUAUUUAUUUGAACCUUUAUUUUACUAGGCAAGUCAGUUAAGAACAAAUUCUUGUUUACAAUGUCGGCCUACCCCGCCAAACCCGGGCGAUGCUGGGCCAAUUGUGCGCCGCCCAAUGGGACUCCCAAUCACGGCCAGUUGUGAUACAGCCUGAAUUUGAACCAGGGACUGUAGUGACGCCUCUUACACUGAGAUGCAGUGCCUUAGACCGCUGUGCCACUCGGGAGCCCGAGUGUCUUAUACGGCUCUGGUGGUGGUGAGAUCCUUUACAUAAGAGGAACCAGUGAGUGAUAUCUUGAGAUAAGAACAGUGUUCCUAAGAAAAUACUAUUUUACAACUCAUGUGUCAUACAGAAGAUCAAUGACAAGCUCCCCUUCAUAAUGCUGUUAUUCAGUAAUGUAGGGGCACUAUACUUAAUCAAUUUGUAUCCACAUACUGUACGUUUUAGAUAGCUGCAGCCGUGGCUGUAUUGUAAAAUACCAUAUAUUCUACAAAUCAUAAUUACAUCUCCCCACUAAAUUCCACAUGUUAUUUGGAAAAUGCUUUGCCUACGACCAAUGCUUGCAUAUGCAGUACAUCUCAUUUGUAACUAAAUGAUGUAUGUAUAAGCUAACAUUAACACACUUACAAUGUAAUUUACUGGAAUAAACAGCCCUUGCCAUGUUUGUCACAUCGGAAGUGUGUUAUUUAACACUAAAUUAGAUAAUGAGUUUGUGGUUGAGCUGCUGUCACAACUGUCAUGUAGGUUAUUUCCUGGUUGUUGACGUCUAUUAGCAUGUUCAGUGUCAUGUUAUUAGACUAUUGGCAUUCUCUCUCCUCUCUGCCUGCCAGUCACUAGUCCACUCUGCAGUAGAACGAGGCACGACAACACAUUAACCAGUGAACAGCCAUGCUGCUACAUAGCUUCCCUCUCACCAUCCUCCUCCUCUCCACCAUCCCUGUCACUCACCAGUGGGGGGUAGUGGGUGCUGAGUCUGGAAGGUCUGUGGCUGCUGCAGGGCCAGUGGUCCAGGGCAGGCCCUUCACCAUGGUCUGGAACAUGCCCACAGCGAGCUGCCAGGAACACUAUGGCAUCCACCUGGACCUGGGGGCCUUCGACAUCGUGGAGAACCACCACCAGCGCUUCCAGGGCCAGAACAUGAGCAUCUUCUACCACAAUCAGCUAGGGCUCUACCCUUACAUCACCCAGGAGGGUCUGCAGGUUAAUGGAGGGGUUCCCCAGAGGGGAGACCUGGAGGCCCACCUGGCCCUGGCCCAGACCCAGAUCUCAGCCCUGCUCAGGACAGGAUUCAGCGGCCUGGCCGUCAUCGACUGGGAGGAGUGGCGCCCCUUGUGGGUGAGAGACUUCGGCAUUAAGCUGGAGUACCGCCGGCUGUCUAAAAAACUAGUGAGAGGGGAGCAUCCAGAGCUAACCAAACAGGAAGUGAACUCCCUGGCCCGUAAGGAGUUUGAGAAGGGUGCCAGGGACUUCAUGUCUGAGACGCUGCAGUUAGGAGUGUGUCUGCGACCGAGGGGACUCUGGGGCUUCUACAGCUUCCCCGAAUGCUUCAACUACCACAGGAAGCAGAAAGGCCAGAGCUACACGGGUCAAUGCCACUCCAAGACCAGGCAGAAGAAUGACCAGCUAGCCUGGCUGUGGCGCCAGUCCACUGCCCUCUACCCUAGUAUCUACCUACCCAAACGUCUGGCAGGGUCCUCUGAUGCUACCCUCCUGGUCAGACAUAGGCUUCUGGAGGCCCUGAGGGUGGCGAAUCAGUACCCCACUAGCACCCAUGCAACUCCUGUACUGCCCUAUGCCAGAGUGGCAUUCGCCCACACCCUCCACUUCCUCAACAAGACGGAUCUGGAGCACACACUGGGAGAGAGUGCAGCACUGGGGAUGGCAGGAGUGGUGCUGUGGGGGGAGCAGGCGUUCGCUAAGUCAAAGCGUCAGUGUGAGAUACUGAGGGACUACAUUCAUUCUGAACUGGGAGUGUACAUCAGCACCCUGAAGAGUGGGGUGCAGCGUUGCAGCGAGGAGCGAUGCCAUGGCAACGGUCGCUGUGCCAGAAGGGACCCCUACUCUGACCACAUGAUCCCACUCUCUGACUCCUUCUCCAACUUCCUCCCUGACCCCUCUCAUGACCUCAGCCACCUCCGCACUAACUUCCUGUGCCAGUGCUAUCAGGGCUGGGCGGGUGAGAAGUGUCAGGAAAGGAUAGCUUCAAUCACUAACACUUAGUGUCAGGAAAAUAUAUAGUCUCUAUCACCAAUAUAUAAUAUCACCUCUUUUGUUUAUUUGGUUGAUGCGCAGCAUACAGUAGCAUCAUUGCAAUUCCACCAAGUGUAUCAAAGUGAAAACUGUGGCAGUUGCUAAGGCACUUUCUCAGCGUAUUCAUUCUAUACAAUUCAGUUCCACUUGUGACAUGUUUAAGUUGUCAUAGUCAGAACAAAUUUGCACUGUGUUUUGUCAGUAACAAAAUGUGUGUGACAUUUCAUCAUACAUUGCCUGUCUCAUGCGUACAUGUAAAAGAGGACCGCUUCUAAAAGUUACAGCUGUAACCUGUAUGUACAGUAUGUUUAAGUCACAGAUCACAUGGACGUCUCGAACCUGAAUCAUUUCUGUCCUCAUGCAGUUGUUCAAAUACAUGAAUUGUCAGUUGAAGAGUGUGGUCCUUUAAGCUGUGAUGUCACUAAAGAUGCUAUAAAGUGUUCAAUACCCUGCAA